GCCCACACGGUUUCCCAUCAGAGCACAGCCUUCCGUCACAUGGUUCACUGUUGGUUUUUCACCCAGGACAAACAAAACCGGACGCUGAGGAGGAUAACACCGAGCUUCACCUACAGCGGAGACAGAAACGGUGGCAGAACAAGCCUUUUUUUUUUUUUUUUUUUUAAAGGGGAAUGACUUUUGCCGUUUUUCUAUCAUUCUGUAGCACUAUCAUGUAAAACUCCGCCAUAUUCCGCCCACCACGCCCGGAGCUCAGCCACCAGGGGUAAAAGACUCGCUACUUCAGUCUUCUUAAGUUGUUGCACAAAGUUAAUUUCCUCUUCUCAAGAGAGGAUAAAGGUGAAGUGCUAUCCAGGAGUUAUGAUUCUGAGCUCCGUGGGAGCUUGCUGCCUCAGCCCGGAGGCCAAAGAGGCUCGCAGGAUCAACGAUGAGAUUGAGAGGCAGCUCCGCCGGGACAAGAAGGACGCCCGCCGGGAAUUCAAGCUCCUACUGCUCGGAACUGGUGAAAGUGGGAAGAGCACUUUCAUUAAGCAGAUGAGGAUCAUCCAUGGCCGCGGAUACUCUGAGGAGGACAAGAGAGGCUUCACAAGGCUGGUCUACCAGAACAUCUUCACCGCCAUGCAGGCCAUGAUCCAGGCCAUGAACACAUUACAGAUCCCCUACAAGUAUGAAUGCAACAAGGCCAGCGCCGGUAUUGUAAGUGGGGUUGAUGUGGAGAAAGUAACAACAUUAACAAACCCAUAUGCGGAUGCCAUCAAGAGCCUGUGGAGUGAUCCAGGGAUUCAGGAAUGUUACAAUCGGAAGAGGGAAUACCAGCUCUCGGACUCAACCAAAUACUAUCUGAAUGACUUGGAUCGAAUCGCAGAUACGGCUUAUCUGCCAACCCAGCAGGAUGUCUUGAGGGUCAGGGUGCCCACAACAGGUAUUAUAGAAUACCCCUUUGACCUGGAGAAUGUGGUGUUCAGGAUGGUGGAUGUGGGUGGCCAGCGAUCAGAGAGGAGGAAGUGGAUUCACUGUUUUGAGAACGUAACCUCCAUCAUGUUCCUGGUGGCGCUCAGCGAGUAUGAUCAGGUCCUUGUUGAGUCUGCCAAUGAGAAUCGAAUGGAGGAAAGCAUGGCCUUAUUCCGGACGAUCAUCACCUACAAGUGGUUCAAAGACUCCUCAGUCAUCUUGUUCCUCAACAAGAUCGAUUUACUGGAGGAGAAAAUCAUGUAUUCACAUUUGGUCGACUACUUCCCUGAAUAUGAUGGUCCCCAGCGGGAUGUCAAAGCAGGAAAAGAAUUCAUCUUAGACAUGUUUGUGAGUCUCAAUCCAAACGAAAAAAAAAUCAUCUACUCCCACUUCACCUGUGCCACAGACACAGACAACAUUCGAUUUGUCUUCCGCGCGGUGAAGGACCACAUCUUGCAUGAGAACCUGGAAGUCUACAACUUAGUUUAAAAUGGUGGGCUCUGCGUCAUAAUUCAAUCAGCUUUGUACAGCUGGCAGUCAGGAGAGCUCUGCAGUGAUUCGGUUUGCCUCACACUGCUUCUGAACACUAUAAUCCAAAACAGGAAAUUGAGAAGCUAUAGCGCUUGUCGCCAAAUGACUGUACUACUGAUGUAUUUCAAAUUUUCCUGUUAGGCUCUUUGAAAAUGGAUGUCUCCAGCUAUAAUGAAGUGUGUCCCGACAAUUAAAGUGCCUCUUUAGUGAGGGGUCUAUUAUAGUAUGCACUCUGAAAUUUAUGGAGCUCUUUGUGAACGUUGUUGAGCAGAAACAGUAUAAAUGCACAUUGAUGGAUUGAGAGGGAAAAAAGUAUUUCAGUGGCCUCAAAAGCCUUUGAGGACUAGUAAUGUACUAGGUCUGUCCUUCAGGGAAUCUGUGGAAGUGGAUGUAGACUAACUGCAAUGCAGGACCUCACAUCACUAACCCAAGUUGGUCAGAGUUUUUUUUUUUUUCUAAGUUAAGAACUGUUUGGAAUACUCUAAAUGCUUAGUUUGUGUGGUGACUUAAUGGCAAACGAGUCAAAAUUAACACUAAUGACAAUUAUUUUAUUACAGAUAUUGAUUUGCACACUUCCUUUUUGUAGCAUUAGUUGUGUCGAUCGUCUGUAUGUGUGUACCUCACUUAGUUGGGCAUGAUCAUUCCCACAUUGUUUCGAAUUUCACUUGACUUUGUACACUUUGCAUUUGUCUGUGAGGGCAUUGUUCAGUGUUAAACCACUUCUUUGUGAGCACAGCAUUAGUAAAAUUUCUUGUAAUUUAACAUAUUUCAAAGAGACAUUCGCAUUCCUGUUUUUUUAAAGUCUCAUAUCAAAACUGUAGAAUAAAGUGUUCACUUGGUUCAGGGACUAUUUGGAGUUUUAAGUAGUUUUCUUGCCUUAAAAUAAUUUGCUAAAAUGCCUUUAGAUCUUGCCCUGUUGUUUAUCUCAAUGUGUUGUGUAAAUAUCGUAUGGUACAGUAUUUUCCUAGUUUUUUUUUCACCUUUGUUUGCUUCAAGGUCAGUGUUGAAAUGCUAACUGCUGAGGAGAUAACUGUUAUGUUAAAUAACCUCUGAGGCAUUAAACUACAGCAUUCUUGAUAUUAAUUCAUAUGCUGUUCAAGGUAUCAAAUGCAUGAAUAAAAAGCUUAUGAGAGCAUAUCCACAGCACUAAUGUUUACACGACCCUUUCCUUCAUGUUAAAAAUAAUUACAGUCUAAUUUGUACUGUUUAAUUUAUGGUUUUGUUUCUCUGUCACUGCGAUAUCUUAAAGCAGUCAUAGUGUUUUUUUAAUCUGAUUGUAUAAAUAAACAGUUUGCUGCUCA